GGCACCCAAUUUUUGCCUUGUUGGUAUUCAUUUCUGAUAAAUCAUAAAUUUCAGAUCAGGUGUUAUUUUACCCAGAAAAAGGGAGAUUCGAUAUUCUACCAACUUUUUUCACUUUCACCCCUCUUUUCUUCUCAAUUCGUUUUGUCCGCCCCGGGUGGUUUUGAUCAUGAAUGGCUCGGUAGAGAUGUUGGCGUAUUUGCAUGGUAGUCAUGAAGAACAAACACUUGGCAGAGAGUCAUAGGCAUGCAGUGAUCCCUUUUGAUGAUUUUGAUGCAAAUUGACGUUUCUAUUGAACCUCACACUGCCACUUGUUCAUUUCGUCUUGCUAUAUGCUUUUUUGAAGUCAGUCAUGGAUGAGGGCCCACCACCAUAACCUCACGUGGUCCUCUUUCUGGCCAGGAAUAUAGUCGAAGCCUCUUCUGCUCGUAGUCAUCAACACAACUGCUUUGAAGUAGGUGGGCCUUGUAUUCAUGGGCACUGAGGUUUGAUCGCUGAAAUGUUUCUGUGAGGCAACUUAGCGAACUGAUCUUCUCAAUAAUGACUGAAGAAGGUGACUCGUAUCCACCAAGGGAUAGGAGGAGAAUUCCAUUUUACAUUUUCUUAAAAAACGCCAGACUCAUUUUCAAACUGGAUGAACUUGGUUCAGAAAUAGCACAGAUUGCGUUGCCAGCUGCACUGGCUUUGACAGCUGACCCAGUUGCUUCUUUAGUUGACACAGCAUUCAUUGGCCAAAUAGGUCCAGUGGAACUCGCUGCUGUAGGAGUUUCUAUUGCUCUAUUCAAUCAAGUGUCAAGGAUUGCAAUAUUUCCCCUUGUCAGUGUCACGACCUCUUUUGUUGCAGAGGAAGAUACCAUUAGAAGUAAGAGCCCUGAAGCACAGGAUUGUGACUACUUGGAUACAGUUUCAACAGUAGAGAGUGAGGUUAAAGAAUUGAUACCAAAAAAUGGUACAUGUGAGAAUGCAUACACUUCAAAACUAACUCAUGGUAGCUUUGAUAUAGUUAAGAUUGAGAAUAAAAGGAGGCAUAUUCCAUCUGCCUCUUCUGCCUUGGUUAUUGGCAGCAUACUUGGCCUCAUACAAGCCAUAUUCCUCAUAUCUGGUGCAAAACCUCUACUAAACUUCAUGGGAGUCAGUUCUGACUCUGCUAUGCUAACCCCUGCACAUCAGUACUUGACAUUGAGGUCACUUGGUGCUCCUGCAGUCCUUCUCUCGCUGGCAAUGCAAGGGGUAUUUCGUGGAUUUAAGGAUACAAAAACACCUUUAUAUGCCACUGUGGCGGGAGAUGUAACAAACAUAAUACUAGAUCCAUUAUUCAUCUUUGUUUUCCAUCUGGGUGUCAGUGGGGCUGCCAUUGCCCAUGUAAUAUCACAGUACCUAAUUUCAGUUAUACUUUUGUGGAGAUUAAUGGCACAAGUUGAUCUCUUACCUCCAAGUAUCAAAUAUCUGCAAUUUGGUCGAUUUCUUAAAAAUGGUUUUCUUCUAUUAAUGAGGGUCAUUGCCGUGACAUUCUGUGUGACUCUGGCUGCAUCAUUGGCUGCACGCCAGGGAUCAACAUCCAUGGCUGCGUUUCAAGUUUGCUUGCAGGUUUGGCUGGCAACAUCACUUCUUGCUGAUGGCUUGGCUGUUGCUGGACAGGCCAUACUUGCAAGUGCAUUUGCAAAGAAGGACUAUGAUAAGGCUGAAGCAGCAGCAUCUCGAGUAUUACAGCUAGGACUGGUUCUUGGUUUGAUACUUGCUGUCUUCCUUGGAGUGGGACUGCAUUUUGGAGCACGAUUAUUUACAAAAGAUGUUAACGUCCUGCACCUCAUAAGUAUAGGCAUUCCGUUUGUUGCAGCUACUCAACCCAUAAAUGCGUUGGCCUUUGUUUUUGAUGGCGUCAACUUUGGAGCAUCUGAUUUUGGAUAUUCAGCUUUCUCAAUGAUUAUGGUGGCUAUUGUCAGCAUUUUAUGUCUAUUCAUUCUUUCCCCAAGUCAUGGAUUCAUUGGUCUCUGGGUUGCUCUGACUAUCUAUAUGAGUCUCCGAGCAAUUGCUGGCUUUUGGAGAAUAGGGAGAGGAACAGGUCCUUGGAACUUUCUCCGGAGCUAAAUGCAUCUUAGCUAUGGCGUAGCAUAUACACAGAUCUGUCUCUGAAGUUGGUUUUAUUCCUGGGGAGCCUCUAUUGGUGCUCUAAGCAUUUUUUCCUAGCUGCUUUCGUUUGGCAUGCAUGCUUCGCGCUUGGUUCCUGGGAGAGACCUAGCUUGUCCCUAUAUUUAUUUGUUUGUAUAGAAAAAAUGGAAAUCUUCGUUAAAAAGAGAGUAUAAACAGAUGAAAUAUAGAAGAAUAAGAAGAGCAAGUUCCCUAUUUACCCAUAAUGAUCAUUAGGGAAUGUUGUAAUAAUAUUCUUCCAACGUAAUAUGUUUCUGUAAGAAGUUGGCAGAUCAUUUUCCUUCCGUCUUUAGAGUUCAAAGGUUACCUAUACAUGAUGAUCUUCUUCUA